AUGGCUCAGCAUAGGCAAUUUCAGAUGGUAGGCGGUGGCAAUUCGGGGCAGUACAAUGACACAACUUUUACCAAAAUCUUUGUUGGUGGUUUGGCUUGGGAGACACAAAGAGAUACCAUGAGGCGUUAUUUUGAACAGUUUGGAGAGAUCCUGGAGGCUGUUGUUAUCACAGAUAAGAACACAGGGAGAUCCAAGGGCUAUGGCUUUGUUACAUUUAAGGAUCCAGAAGCAGCCAUGAGAGCUUGUCAAAACCCAUCUCCAGUGAUUGAUGGAAGGAGGGCAAACUGCAAUCUUGCAUCACUUGGUGCACAAAAGAAUCGUCCACCAACUCCUCAACACGGCAUAGGACGGUUUAGACCAGUUCAUGGAUUAGUGGCUCCACCUACUUUUCCUGGUUCCUCAGCCCCAUACAUCCAUCAACCCGCUGGUCAAUACUCAUUUCCUUAUUCAGCUUAUGGGUACACUGGAUAUUCACCGGAUGCCAUGUAUCCCUUGAGCUAUUAUGGUGUUUAUGGGGGUCAACAAAUUUCAUCUUACUAUACUACUGGUGGGGCAUCAGGAACACCAGGGAUGUACCCACACAGUUUCUACCCAUUCUAUACUCAGUAUGCACAGAGUAGCCAAGCACAUGGUUUUGGAAUUCAAUAUCCCCAAAUGGUACAAUACCCUUAUUUACCUCAGCCAUAUGGCUCUACAGGAAUCUUAUCACUUCCUUCUUCUAUUGCAAUGGCGACUACUACUGCAGGUGCAGCCACAAUGACUAUGACAACGACGACAACAGCAGCAGCAGCAGCAACACCACCACCAACAGCAACUACAGGGGUGGUGGGAGAAAGAGCAGGUGCUUUGCAAGCCUCUGGAACAGCUACUGAACAAAAUUCAUCAACCAAAUAA